AUGACCACCCUCACCCCUAUCUACGGUCUCACCAACGACUCGACUUGUCCAUUCCGUGCCUCUCCUGACCAAGUAACCCUCCAAACCUCGUGGAUCCUUCGACUCAACAUCAUCUACUGUACUAUUCUGUCGAUCGGUUGCUUUUUCGGAGUGGCAUACUGUAUACGGUACAUGAGAAAACAUCCGAUAUUCAAUGAGUCGACGUCUUUACUACUGUAUUUAUCAUUGGUGUUCGCCGUGAUACAUGAUGUGAUUCAUGUUUGUAUUCAGUGGUCAGUAAUGUACCGCAGCUUUUUCUACGCCGACGACCCCUGCAACAUUUUCUUCGACGCCGAUGACUGCGGUAUCUUCGGUCGCGGCCUUCUUUUCGGGAUCAGUGGCAUGAUUUAUAUUCAUUCGGCGCUAUCGUUAGACGGAUUAUUAGCUACAUUCCUCCCAACUAUCUAUUACCGCAAAAAAUAUGUUCCCGGAGUGAUUUUGGCGGUUAUUAUGAUCGCCUUCAACUUCUGCCUCCAAUUUGUCGUGUUGCCCUGGGAGAAUUCCGGAAAAGAUUAUGUGCCAAGUUGUCAAUUUUUCAAGAAGCAAGAUGCGGGGAGAGCCAAUUAUUUCCUGAUUAGCAGUCUUCUACUGACUAUUUUGAAUUUGGUGCUGAAUCUCGGGUUACUGUAUGUGAAUAAGAAGCAUUCGAUGAGGACCCGUUACGACGUCCAAUUCCAAUAUCAGAGAAGCGAGGCGAUGAUGACGUCCAAAUCGAUAUCGGUGUUGGUCAUCGCACAGAUUAGUGCACUUGGGAUUUAUGCGGGCGGCAGUUGGAUGUUCCGGCAGGCACGAGACGCGAUUCCAGUGUAUUUGUACAAUAAUUUGAUCAUUUGGGUUUAUGCCCUCUCCUACGCCACCGUCACCCUUCCCCUCCUUAUCAUCUUUUGCAUCCGGUACGUCAGACGUCGUCGUCAACGCACUAUUCAUCACAUCACCAGUCACAAGGACUGUCAGAAUCAUCGGAUGGACGAGUUGAAAGCGUUGUGGGGAUAG